AUGGAAUCUGAACCUGAGGUUAGAAUUCGAACUGAACAUUUUAUUGAAACGUGAACCUUUUUUUUAAUUUUCACCUGUUGUUGGAGUAUGAACGUCUUCUGGAAUCUGAGUGCUUUGACACGAGCACACCGUUGUCGUAAGACCUAAUUUUGACGCAGACGAGAAUAUUACUUAUGUCAGAAAUAAUUGUGAACUAUAGCCAUCAUUAAUGUAAACUUCUUACCACACGAGAAGACAAGAAAGGUUUUGUUCACUUAGAACUUCAGUCCAUUUGAUGUAGUUCUGACCAAGAUGGAUCCCAAGGUGCGUUAACUCCGAACCAGUUUGUUAUCUCAGCAGGCCCGACCGACCAAACGUACUAUAGGCAAUACCGACACCUGACACCUACCAGAUUGAACACAUGGUACGGAAGCACAUCUGAAUGGUUCGCUGAUAAUCUAAAUGUUUCGGAACAAGAUCCUUUGCGGGAGAGGGAGAUGCUACAAAUUGAGAUUAAUCACAAAUCAAUUAAGACGUAUCAUAUCAUUGUGGAGGAGGCAUCUCCGUCAGUGACAACACACACGUGAGUGAUUGUCUCCGACUGCGUUCAGCCCACGAAUCGAUUGAUGCGAUCUAACGUGAUCAGCUAUCCCCGAACAUAUCUGGGAGGAAGCGCUAUCAUACCGGUCAUGUGCUGAGCGAACAUACACUGGCUUAUUCAAUUGAAACCUAUUUUCCUUCACUGGCAAUGCUUUACGUAUACCUGUACAUAUUCAUUUACUGACAGGAGGCAGGUAAAUUGUUUAUGUGUUUGGCGAUGUUACUUUGAAUCAAACAUUUACAAUUGUUUGUAAACAGGUUGUGAUUCAGAGUCUGUAACUCAAAUCACUGAGGUUUAUAUGACAACAGUGAAGGAGGCGAGAAGCGCCAUAAGUUAUACCUGCAGUCGAAUCAUAUAAUUAUUUGGACUAUAGCAAAAUGGAUGAGAGGUAUCGGAACAUCAUGGAGAGGAACAGGAUGCUCCUGACGAAGAACCUCAUCCUCACUGACGACUUCUACGACUUGUUGCUGAAGGAGAAGGUGCUGCCACAGUCAAUGAUUGCUGAUGUUAAGGAAGAUGGACUGAGUCGCGAAGAGAGAGCGGAGAGGUUGAUGAGUGCUCUGCAACUGAGGACCAGUGCUGCUUUCAGGCGCUUCCGGCGAGUGUUGCUAGGCACCGGCCACUGUUUCCUGGCCGAUGUGAUGUGGGAUGAAGCCGAUGUGAUGUGGGAUGAAGAGUCCAGUUACUCGGAUAUGGAGGAAACGAUCGCGAAUCGGUUUCCCGCCAUCUUGGAGAGAAUACCAGACGAUAUCCGGAAGAAGUUGAUCACGUGCCUGGACAGCAUGGUUCGAGAGAAGACGUUGGUGACGUCGUGGCAGGCGGCGACCGGUGAUCGUCUCGAAGUCAUCAAAACCAGAGCAGCCGACUUCAAGCAUGAGAGACACCUCCGUGAAACCAUCCAAACAAUGCAUUCUCAGGUUGCACAGCUCCAAGCACAGUUAAAGGAUAAGGACGAACAACUUCGAAGUUUAACGAUUGAAGUGCAGAGUCUCAAUAAGGAGCUAGAGCGCCUCAGGUUUGAGCAUCUAACGGACAUCGAAAAGCAAGCCAACUUUAACACCGCCAAUAGUAAAACCAUCAUUCGCCUCAAGGAGAGAUUUGAUAUGCUCAAUUCCAACAUUGCAGGAAUCAAUCAUCAAUUGAGGUCAUUUCUUGGAGAGGAAUCAGAGAGUUGCGAGGGUGAUCCUGACAAUGUCAAGGUCACUCUUCUAGAACGGAACUUAAAGAAGGUUCUUCAGCUCGCUAACUUCGGGCGUGAGAAUGCUUCGUCUGCUUCCAACGAGAAGGAGGCAGUGUCUGCUCUGCUUGGAGUAAAGAAAUCAAAAUACUGUGACAAGACACUUACCGACAUUGUCAAGGGCUAUCUUCAGAAGGAGGACAAGGCGAAGACCAACCUUUUGUCGGAAAUACAGAAACUCAGUGAAGUGUUGACGCGAGACACUCCAACUCUAUCUGAUCACAAGACGAACCAACAGUCAGUGAGAACCGAUCUCCGUUUCCUGACAAUGCAGGUCGCGAUGGUCCAUGCCCAAAUUGAACAUCUCUACAAGAAAAUGGUUUGGAAAGAUGCAGAGAUCGACUCUCUCCGACAAGAAAUUCAGGCUCUCAGGAAGAACCUCUCCAACGUGAAGACAAGGACCAGAUCCAGAGUGUCAAGCCCUGACAUGACGAGGGAGAUGAAGAUAGCUUAUGCUCAUGUUAACGACUACCUCCGAGAAGACAGGAUGGAGCUGGUGAGCCCGCCUGAAGCCAUUCCUUCACGGAGAGUUAUCAGGAUGAAGCCGGGAGGGAGCAAGCCUAGCUCUCAGGGCGGGCCUCGGCGGCAGAUCAGCAUGCCGCUAGUCAGGGAUUAUGACGUUCCGCCCACAGAAGUCUAGCUAGUCGAGAAGCGUUGACGAACCACCGACAGAAGUCUAGCUAGUCAAUGAAUGUAGUGUUCCAUCUACAGAAGUCUAUCUUGUCAGACAUUAUGACACACGGCGCACAGAAGUCCAGCUAGUCGGGUAACCCGACGAAAAAGGUUUACAUGAUUCCAGGAAUAUGAGUCGGGGAGGAUAAUGUAACCCCGACAGACUUCUUGCUUGACAGAAAAUUUGAUAAACCUCUUACCUAAGUCUAGCUAGUCAAGGAUUCUGAUGUACGUUCUACAGAAAUAUGGCUAGUCAGAAGACGUUAAGAUGAGACCAAAGAAACAUGCCAAAGUUAAAAGCCAUAACUCCAUUGCACAUAGUUCAUAUCACAGUGGCUCUGCUGAUAUUCACACUAUGUUGUGUGACCCACCAGUUCUUCGUGUAGAUCACUGAAUGUUAAUGAAUCAAUAUUUCCA